AUGCACCAUAACAACAACACAAAUAAUCAUGUCGGAUUCUCUUGGGGCUUCUCUUCGGCAAAUGCAUCUAAUAUAAAUAUAACUCCAUCCCCGACUAAAAUAUCUGCUUUAAAACAGGAAAAACUAUCUGUAUUUAACAAAACCAACGAUGAACUUGCCAAGCAAUCAAAAAUAAUCAGACAACCACAACAACAAGAAAAUUCAAAUUUAAGACUGAAAAGACGUGCUACUUCUACUUCUUCAAAUGAUGAAAACGGUGAUGCCUUUACUUACCGUCAUGCAAAGCAACUUCCACAUUGGAAAUUCAAACCCACUGCAGGAAUUAAGAAACCUCAAGUAUCCCCAAAUCAUUCAAUUAAGAGAAAGUCAAAUAUUUCAACAAUAAUUCAAAGUCAACCACUACCAGUAACUAGAUCCCUGGAAUUACUAGAUAGAGAACAAUUAACGGAAUUAUUGACAGAUUUGUUAAGCUUGAAUAAUCCUACCUUAACAUCCAUCAUACAAACCAAAAUUUCAACAAAUUACAAAUCUCAUUUUUCCAUUGAUAAAUGCUUAUCUCUUUUAAAAUUAAAAUAUGAGGCAAUUUUAUCAAAUAUCCCAUAUAAUAAGAAUUACGAAUUGAAUAGUAGCCAUGUACUAUUGGACGAUUAUGCAUUUAUUAGAUUGAAAUCAAGCAUUUUAGAAUUUUUAAAUUGUUUGAUCGAUUUCAUCUUGAAUAAUAUUCCCCCAAAUUUUAACAAUUUGCAUGAAUCAUUAAAAUUCCUGAACCAUUGUACAUUUAUGGUCAUAAAUUUGCCAAGAUUUCAAUUAUCAAGUAAUAAUUAUUAUUAUGAUAAAUGUAUGGAACAAUUGUCAUUUAUUUGGUGUACCAUUUUUGAACAUUUAACCAAAGAUAUGUGCAUUGCCACGUUAAAUGGUAAAGAAUUCCUAUUUAGUUGGAUUAGCAAGCUAAACGAUUACAAUGAAUUUACGAAUGGAAUGUUUGAGCGUCCUUUGAAUUUAUUUAAAUCUCUGGAUUUGGACAUUGAUGAUGCUCAAUAUCUCACCACCAAUAAUGAAAAAUCAAUUAAUACCAUGGACAAUAUUACUAAUAGUAGCUUACAAGAGCUAAAUAAUAGCUCCUCUAACAAUAGUAACGACAAUAAUAACAAUAUAAAUGGUAACCCAUCAUCAUCAUUUACAUCUGCAUUUUCAAUCGUUCAAGCAUCUCCAAUUAACUUUAAUGAGAGGCAAUAA